CUCCGAGUUUUGAUCAAAAAUCGGAUGCUAUCCCUCCGAGUCUUGAUAUUCACAAAUUAGGACUCCAACCUUACGCUUUUCCCUCCCUUGUAUCCACUUUUUCAUGCAUGCAAUUUUGAGAUCCACCCAAUAUAUCCUGCAUCACCGGCAAAUGCACCCCAAAUCCGUUGUAAAAGUUACGAGCGGAGAGAUUAAGCCGAUUUUUUUUUUAAUAUAGCGGCAGAUUUUGGAAUCUGUAGCUACGGAUACUCAAAUCCAUCGCUAACAUUAACAAAAUACGCUACAAAACGCUGCUGCCUAACCCUAAGGAUGUAUCAGCCACUUCUCUCCCCUAACACCCACUGCCAUCGCCCACCGCCGCUAUUUUCUUCCGACUGCCACCACCGACGGCGCUGCUUCUAUUCUUACCGUCGCUUCCCCUGCCGCCUAGCUCUAUUCUCUGGUGAUAAAUACCAAUGAGUUCAAAUCGUCAUUGGAUGUAUACACGAAUGAGAAAUGGUCUUCUCACUGAGGAGUUUUUGGCUGGUCUUGAAACUUUCAUCCAAUUUGCUACUAGUUGGAUGGACGGGGAAAGAAUUAAGUGUCUAUGUACUCAGCGCAAGUGUCAAAAUACCAAGUUUUUAGAUGUGCCUACCGUGAAAUACCACUUAGCAAAAUAUGGAUUUGUAUCGGACUACUAUGUUUGGCGCUUCUAUGGUGAGAGAAUUGUGAGGGUAGAUGUUGAUCGAGAUGUUGGUGGCCCAUCUCAAAUGGCCAGUGAAGAAGCAUCUAAUACUUACCACACAAUGGUUAUGGAUGCUGUCGGUCUUGAAUUUAAUGUGGAUGAAAUAGAAAAAUCGCCAAAUCCUGAGGCCCAAAAGUUUGAUGACAUGUUGAAAGCUGCAAAUCAAGAAUUGUGGCCUGGGUGUAAAAAGCACUCGCAGUUGUCUCUUGUAGCUCGACUUAUGAGCUUGAAAUCAGAGAAUCACAUAUCAGAAAAAUGUUUCAAUCAAAUCGUUGAACUUAUGAAAGAAGUUGUUUCGGAGAAUAAUCUAGUUCCUGACAACUUCUAUGAAACCAAAAGGCUAUUUAGGAGUAUGGGGUUGUCGAUUCAGAAGAUAAAUAGGAUGAGUGAGGUGGCCGGACCUGGUACGGAAUGUUCUCGACAUACCGGAGGAUCUAGAUCUGAGCACUAUCACAAAUUGGAAGAAAUACAAACACGACAUGACGCUGCAACGCAAGAAGUUGAAUGGUCAACUGAGCCACCAAUUAUAAACAUGUCACAUGGGUAUGUGGAUGUUGUUGGUGGGGUAAAAAAACAGCGUAUUUAUGGUUUGGGAAUUAAGACAUCCUCAUUUAUCAACAAGAAUAAAUGUAGUUCAUCUGCUACUUCACAACUUCAUCAAGAUGCAAUGAAAGAGAUGGUGAACCAACAGUUAGAGACCAUGCGAGCUGAGAUGGAGGCUAAACUACAAGCUGGAAGAACUCAAAUGCAGGCUCAAAUAAAAGCUCAGUUUACAAGUUUGAUGGAUGAGUUGCGUCCAAGUUUGAUGGAUGAGUUGCGUCGCAACGACAUGCUAUCCACUCCUAUGCCACAACCUCCAACUAUUCAAGCUGAACAUUCUGCUAAUUCAAAUGCUAAAAACUUAGGAGAUGAUUAGAUUAUGUUUAUUAAUAUUUUUGGUAAUGUUUUUAACUAUUUAACAUUAUACAAUGUUAUACUUUUGUUAUUGCUAUUGAGUUUAAAUGUUUUAAUAUAAUAUAUUUUACAAUUAUAUUAUUGAA